UAGUUCCGUGCUAAGAAAAUUGUUAUAUGAUAUUCUGUUUUAAAAGUCAAAGUCGUUUAACGGUUUUGAUCUGGUAAAUUCACUUAAAUGUACUUUUAAAUGGACCUGUUGUUAUAAGUAUUGUUUGAUAAAAUUCAUUACAAUGGGUAUACUUAAUAGCAAAUUUGAUGCGGAAAUUCCUGCUGAUGAAUUACUUGAAGAAAAUGUACCAUCUACUCCAAAAUUGUCAAACAAAAUUACCCAUAUUCAAGAAUUAGAUCCUCGUUCUCCAAGUUUGAAUAUAGUUAGGACACCUUUAGAGUUACUAACUUCAUCCACUGAAACUCUUGAACCAAGAAUGCCUAUAAGGAAUAAAAAUAUUCUCUUAGAAGUAGAUCCGAGGUCUCCCACAACAGAUUUUGAAAGAACACCCAUUAUAAUAGGUUCUAAAAUUUCUGAUUCCCGUAGAAAACUACACAAUAAAAAUUUGGACAAAGCUAAUUUAGCAGAAUUAAUAGAUACACAAUCUUCCAGUAUUCCUCCAAAACUUCUUGAAAGUAGUCCCAUAAGAGUCCGUCUAGAUUCACACAAAAGACGUUCUUUAGUAGGUCUAUUAGAAACAAAUAUAGAUUAUACAGAAACUGAUUUAGAUUCAAUAUUGCAAGAAAAAUAUAGAAUUGAAGAGAAUGAUCAAUAUAAACAUUUAGAUGAUGAAUACAUAGCUAAGGAAGAUAAGAUUGAUAUAUAUAAUUCUGUUGAUUCUUCAAAAGAUGUGCUUGAUGAAAUGCCACAAAUAAUGGAAAACAUUAACACCAAUUUUGAAAGUAUGCAAAUAGUCGCUGAAACUGAAGCAGAACAAGAUGCACCAGUAAAAGUAGAAGUACGUGAAGCUCCAGCUGGUAUAUUUACAAGCUCAAGUGUAUGUCAUGAAGAAAUAAAGUCACAACCUUCAAAACCAUUGAUUAAUAUAACUGCAGAUGUCAAGGAGUUGGAUAAAAAAUUGACAAAUCUUAUAUAUGAAGAUGAUUUUGUUGUAUGUCCUAGAAUUGUACAAUUGAGAGAAAAUAUGGAAAGAUCACCUUUAAAAAAUAGAAAUGGUAAUGAAUUUAUAGCUAAAUCUACACAAAAGUUGAAAGUUAGUGACAAACCCAGAUCUGAUUACGUUGUUAGUAAAAUUCCAGUGUUUAAAUCAAGAAAAGGUAAUGCUAAAGAUCAAGUACAAUGUGAGAAUACACCUCCAAGGCAUAUGGACAAAAAUAAGGCCAAGGCUAGAAAAAGUGAUUGGGACAAUAAAGAUACUACAUUGUAUCUAUGAAUAUAGUUGUUUUUUCUUUACUUACUUUAUGUUUUCAGAAGAGCCAUUAGUUAUUGUUCACUUUUUGACAAAAUACUAGUGUUAGUUUUGUAUUAUACAUGAAUUAAUUUAAAUAAAAUUUUUUAUAAAAAGUCAAUUACUAGAACUUAGUGUCUAUAUAAGCUCUAGGCGUGAUAGAUCUACUAGUCUUCUAUGCAAAUAUAAAAAUCAAUAGAAUUAUAAAAAAAUAAUAAAAAUGGAAAUAUUCUAAAAUAUAACAUAAUCAUGGUAAAAAUUACAUUCUAAAAUAAACAACAAAAGUUUAUCAUUUUUUAAUAAUUCAUGUCUUCAAAUAUCGAAAUUGAUAACCAGAUAUUUGUGACCAUGGUAACCCUCCCCAAGUGACUAGUGAAUGAAGCUGCACUGUUAGAAACUAAUUUUUAAAAUAAAAAAAUAAAUCGUAUUUGUUCUUUGAUAAUUUGUAUAUUGUUGAUGAAUAAUUUCAUUUUUUUCAUUCAUUUUUUUUAUAUAAAAACAGUUUUAUGUAAUUGUCAGCUAUAAGAGUAAUUAGACUGAAAUGGGGAUCCAGCAUGGUAUUAUUUUGAAGAUGUACAACAUUAAGGUUUAUUAUGCCCCCAUUAUCUUUGUUCUUACACAUUCUUGUCAAAUACUCUUUUUGUGUGUUUGUAAUGGCGAAGCAUUCUAGAACCAUAUGAUGAGCUUUUUAUUCCUUUCCACAUAAUUUAUACUUCAAUUUCAGCUAGAUAAUUUUAUGAGGUAGUAACUGGUAAGGAAGGUAUUUAGGAUUUGUAUCUGCUUAUUAUCAGAACGAAAAAAUCUCAUAUUUCUGAGUUUCCUUUCAGGUUCAUUUCCACAUAUAUUUAGAUGGUAAGUAUUAGUUUGAGCAUGUUAGUCCUUUAAAAGAGAUUUUAUACAAUUUGAUGAUCAUACUUUCAUGCUUACUAAAUGGGUAUUGGUCUCUAUAAUUUUUUUUACUCAAUUGAAACAUCACUUGGUCGUGUAUUUUCAUGCAUGAUUUGAAUUUUGUCAUAAUCAGAGAGAAAUUCAUUCUAUGAUUAAACUAAUUCAAGUCUGAUUAUUUUUAAGCAAGUACAGAUAUAAUCUGUUCAAUUUUCAAAAAAUCGAAUUUUACAUAAUGUUGGAUUACACAGUAUUAGUAAACUCAGCUUCAAAUUUUCUCAAGU